AUGACCUCAUGGGCUUUAACGGUCUUUUAUAGGGUUAAAAAAGGAUACGAACCUGGAGCAGAGCCAUUCAACUUGGCCCAACAGUCUGGUUCCUUCGAAGUAACUCGCUCAUCUGAUCACAGUCGUAACUUGGUCCUUACUCAGAUGGUCACUUCAUCUCCCGUCGAUACGUGUUUCUACAAAUUCACAAGACCUCUUCUUCUUAUUGGGGAUGUAGAAUGGAGAAAUGUUCGAACAAAGGUGAGCGUGUACAUUAAAAAAGAUGAUAAAUUAAUGGCCAGCAAGAAAACGGAUUGGAAAACAUUUUCUGACGACAAAUCACAUGUGCUUAGAUUUGGACAAAACAACGCAAGAAAAGAUGCGGAAAAAAGGAAACAACCACAAACACAUUCUCAUGGUGUCUUCAUAGCUUCUCAGGUUGAAAGUGGCGGUUGUGACGUUGUUUUGUCUGAUGGCAUCCACUUUUAUGUAGACCUCCUGAACAAGCAAGCCAUCCUUUCAAUGAAUCAUAACAUGACGAAACAGCUGAACAGUACCUCUCUUCCACAGGACCUCUACAACAAAUGGUUCACCAUUUUACUUGAUGUCAUGAACGAGACGGUAGUUGCCAUGAUAGAUAACGACGUAAUCUUCCACCAUCACCUACCUCACUGCCCGUCGGCAACGGGAUUCGUCACCUUUGGUCCAAUUAAUUUUGGACUCAUUAGUUUCGAUGAUUUUGUCAUCAGCAGAGUUCAAUAUUAA